GUGCGAUAUUGCCCUCUACGUGAGAUAGCUUUAGUCUGUCGGUCUGGUGGUAAACACGUUUAAAUUGGAUUUAACUUAACCGGCAAAAUUAAGGUACUAGAAGACUGGUAUUGUACCACUCCUCCUUGUGAUAAUGACAUAAUGAACAUUGAAAGCAGAGAGGUACUGCAAACAAUAACAUCCUGCAGUAACGUAGUGUCGAAAAAAAAAGAUAAAACCAGUGAUAUGUCCAUGCUGAGUAGAGAGGAAAGGCGUAGACGCAGAAGAGCGACUCAGAAAUAUAGAACGGCCCACGCGACCAGAGAGAGGAUCAGAGUGGAGGCUUUUAAUGUGGCGUUUGCCGAACUGAGAAAAUUGUUACCAACGCUGCCCCCCGAUAAGAAACUAUCCAAAAUUGAGAUUUUACGGUUGGCCAUUUGUUACAUAGCUUACUUAAAUCAUGUUUUGAAAGCUUGAAAUUAUCGUCAGCUAAGCUAAUAAGUUUUCUAGUAAUUAUAGAGCCCCCACAGAUGCUCAGUUCUUUAACAGCAGCGGACUGCACAGUAUUAUUCAUAAUAUAUUAUAAUUCUAAUAGUGGCAAAACUGGUACCGAGAUAUCUGCACAAACCAAAUCACAAACAAGGUUCGCACAGGCGGCCUGAGCGAUAGCACUGAGCGUCUAUGGGGGCCUAUACUUGCCUAUACACCUACAUAUCUGUCGAAUAAUACCGUAUGAUCGAAAAAACGGACAGAAAUGACGAUCAUUGACAAUCCCCAUAUAAUUUUACAUAUAAAAUGACAGCGAUCUUCAUUUCAUAGCCAUCGCUGACGCCGUUUUUUUUACGUACAUAUUAUGAUCAAGAGAAUGAAAGUACCUAUUUAGUACUUACGUGUAUUAGCAUAUUAGAUAUAAAAUAGAUCUAUAUCUAGAUUUCAAUUUUUUAAGAUUAAAAUAAUAGUGCUUUUAAUCAUGUGGAUCUGUUUAAUUUUAUAACCUUAGGCUGUUA